AUGUCCUCCGCCCAAAAAGUCCCGGCCUGGAAACGAUUGGGCCUCAAGCUCAAGCAGCCCGCAUCCGGCGCAGAGAUUGGCGGCCCUGCUCCUGCCGAGGGAUCGAAGCCCAACGGGCAACAACACCACGACCGGCACGCCAGCGGCCCCGUCGUCAACGCCGCCAACGCCUCCCCGGCCGCCGCCGCCGCCGCCAAAAGGAAACGUCUCGAUCAACAGACUCCCCCUGCGUUCAGCUCCCCCUUCAAAAGGACCCGCACGGACGAUUCAUCGAACAAUGCAACCCCGACCCUGAGGAAGCAGAAGUCCGUCACAUUUGCCGACGACGUCAAGAACCCCACCGCUGCCGAAACGAACAGGAAGAAGAGCAAGGGCCUGAAGAAGGCGGCCAAGACGGCGACGCAGCAACCCACCGCCGACAUCAAGCCCUCCCUUGAGUACCUCCGGAACUGGAAGUCGUCCCGCGAGACCUGGAAGUUCAACAAGAACCAUCAGACCAUCCUCAUGAAGCGGGUCUUCCACGCCGAUGCGAUCCCCUCGAGCGACAUCGCUACCUUCUACGAGUACAUCCAAGACCUGAAGGGCUUCACGAGGACCCGGUUGAAGGAGACGGCAGCGGAGGUCAAGCAGGAGGAUACCGAGAAGGGCAAGGCUGCCUUCCCCGAAGGCACGCCGGACAUGGACUCGAAGCAGUCCGAGUACGAAGAGGUGCUGGCAGGCCUGAUGCAGCUCGGCUCCGGAUCCGGCUCCAAGAGGAAGCGCUUCGACGAGGCCAGCUUCGUGUCGCAGUCCACAGAUGUUGCCAUUACCCAGCGUGUCAUCAAGCGCAUGCGCGCCGAGACGAUAUUGGAGGAGCUGUCCGAUAGCGAGGACAGCGAUGCCAUGACCAUUGAUACGGAGGAGACGGCCCCGGCGACCCAGGCGGCUGCUCAGGAGGAGACCGUCGACAAGAGGGUGAAACUCAACGACGGCACGAAGCAAAGCACCGCUCGUCGCCGCAAGAGACGUACCAAUGUUGACUCCAGCUCAGAGUCCUCCGAUUCCGAGUCGGACUCGGAUUCCGACAGUGACAGCGACUCGGACGACUCGGACAAUGCAAGCGAGAUUCAGCGUCAAGCCGCUCAGCGCGAGGCCGAGACCUCGAGCAGCUCAUCGUCGUCUUCGGAAGACGAAGACAGCAGCAGCGAGGACGACAGCGAUGAAGAGGAGGAGACUACCAAAAAGAAGGGUUCGAAGAAGUAG